AUGACGACCCGAUACCGUGUCGAGUAUGCCCUCAAGUCGCACCGCCGGGAUCAGCUGAUCGAAUGGGUCAAGGGCCUGCUCAUCAGCCCGUUUGUGCUCUUCUCGCAGCCGGCCGGCGGCUUUGAAGAUGUCGACGCCGUCUUUGCCGCCGACUCGGCCGAGGUACGGCGUCGCUACGCCGAGAUCAUGCGCGACAUCGAGACCAUGGUGGCCGAGCAUCGGCUGCUGCAGGGCGACGACCUGCUCGACAGCCGUCGUGAUAGCUGGCCGCCGCCACGGCCGUCGCGCCUGCAGCUGCUCGUGCCCACCGUCGGGCCCUUCUUCACCCCGCUGCCGCUCGAGGCCGCCUUUCUCUUCCAGGACCGUCGUCGCCGCAUCUCGUCGCGCCGCCUGCUCGUCACCUUUGAUGGCGACCUGACCCUGUACGAGGACGGCCAGAAUCUGGAGCCGGACAGCCCGCUGAUUCCACGGAUCUUGGAACUCCUCCGCCGCGACAUCAAAGUCGGCAUCGUCACGGCGGCUGGCUACGACACGGCCGACCGCUACUACGAGCGUCUGCAUGGGCUCUUGUGUGCUGUGCGUGACGCCGGACCAGACAGCCUGACCGAUGCCCAGAAGCACGGUCUUGUCGUCGUCGGCGGUGAGGCCAGCUUCGUCUUUGCCUACAGCCCCGACAGCCCGGCUCUGCUGGCGGCCGUGGCCCCGACCGUCUGGAUGCCCGACGCCAUGAAGCAGUGGCCGGCCGACGACGUGGCCGAGCUGCUCGACCUGGCCGAGACGACGCUGCGCGCCUGCGUCGAGCGUCUGCAGCUGCCGGCGACCGUUCUGCGCAAAGCCCGCGCCGUCGGCAUUGUGCCGCUGGUAGCCGCCGGCGCGGCCGUCUUUGGCCGCAGCAGCAACAGCCCUGGCUCGGCCAUAGUGCCGGCGGCAGCCGCUCCCAAAACCAACAUGUCACGUGAGGGUCUUGAGGAGGUCGUUCUGACUGUCCAGAAGCGCCUUGAGGUCAGCGCGGCCGGUCGUGCUGGCCGCGUGCCGUUUUGCGCCUUCAACGGUGGCCGCGACGUCUUUGUCGACAUCGGCGACAAGAGCUGGGGCGUUCAGAUCUGCCAGCACGCCCUGCGCUUUCUCGGCGGAUCCACCACCACACAUACGGCCGCCCGUCCCGGCACCACCCUCCACGUCGGCGACCAGUUCCUCAGCGCCGGCGCAAACGACUUCCGCGCUCGCCGCGCCGCUACCACCGCCUGGGUCGCUAACCCGGUUGAGACGUGCGCCCUGCUGGACGAGCUGCUCUUCCAUCUCGGCGGAGGAGCGCCUGGGCCGACGACGGAUGCAGACGCGCUGUAG